UGUCUGCUGCUGAACAGGACAUCUACAGGACAAGGAGAACCAGUAUUUCCAGCACCAGUAGACUCCAGCACCAGUAUUUCCAGCACCAGUAGACUCCAGGACCAGUAUUUCCAGCACCAGUAGACUCCAGGACCAGUAGACUCCAGCACCAGUAUUUCCAGCAACAGUAGACUCCAGCACCAGUAUUUCCAGCACCAGUAGACUCCAGGACCAGUAUUUCCAGCACCAGUAGACUCCAGGACCAGUAUUUCCAGCACCAGUAGACUCCAGGACCAGUAUUUCCAGCACCAGUAGACUCCAGCACCAGACUGUGUCAGGUCCAGAGGAUCAGUAUCUCCAGCACCAGUAGACUCCAGGAUGUCUCCCUGCUCUCUCCUCCUGUCCCUGCUGUUGGCUGCAGCGUUGCAGUGUGAGCAUGCCCAGUGCAGACGUGUACCGUGCGCCGACCGCUGCUGCUCCUUCGUAGAGGGCUUCCCCGUCAGACUGAAGGAGCUCCGCACCGCCUUCUCCACCAUCAGAGAUUACUACAGGAACUACUUCUCCUGUAAGAAACCGUUUGACAUCAACAACUUAAUCUCCUCAUAUAAAAAGAUGCAGGAUAAGGGCCUUUAUAAGGCAAUGGGAGAGCUGGACCUGCUCUUCAACUACAUCGAGGAGUACCUGGUCUCUCAGAGACGCAAACACUAACCCCUGACCCCUAACCACUGCCUCAGCCAACCAGGACACACUGACCCUGAGCAUGGACCAACAAGAAUGAGUAACCUCAAACCUCUAAUAACCUCCAACCCCAAACCUCUAAUAACC